GCACAUGUCAAAAUAAUGCCUUUAAAUCCACCAACCAUCAUCUUCAUUUCCAAGAUUCCAAGCUCUACUUCCACUCCUCCACCUGUUGGUUCAUCACCAGCUUCAAUCCUGCCAUCAUCACCGAUAAGCUCUCUUAGUUUCCCUUCUCUACCACUUGAACCACCAACCAGCCUUUUUUCUACUCAGACCAGCGUGCUCUUGCUUUUUUUCAUGGCUUCGUUUCUGCCCACUCACAGUUUAGCAAGCAAGCCCCUGGUGUCACACGUGCCUUCUCCGAUAUCUCAUUCAAUGUUCCAGUCACCAUCGUUGAAGCCCAAAACAUCUUCUGAUCAUCUAAUUAGGGUUCCCCGUCAAGUUAUUAACCACGGCCGACCGGCGUUUCUCCGGCGGCAUGGCACCGGCACUGUUAGAGCUCAAGCGACAGACAGUACUACCAAGCAACAGCCCGAGCCAAAGGCGGUGGGAUCCGCGGAUCUGGCCGGAAGGUGGAAGGAAAUCCAAGGGUGUAACGAUUGGACCGGGCUGCUGGACCCCAUAGAUCCGCUGCUGCGGACGGAGGUCAUCCGCUACGGCGAGUUCACUCAAGCCUGCUACGACUCCUUCGACUCCGACGAGUUCUCGAGUCACUGCGGCACUUGCCGGUUCGACAAAGGCUCCUUCUUCGAGCAGCUUGGUAUGUCGGACUGCGGGUACCGGGUGAACCGCUACCUCUACGCCUCGACCAACCCCAACAUCGGAAAGUUUUUCCGUCACUCCAAGAAUAGCAAGGCGUGGAGCACGGACGCUAACUGGAUGGGGUACGUCGCCGUGAGCGAGGACGCCAACGCGAUCAAGCGGCUGGGGCGGCGGGACAUCCUGAUCUCAUGGCGCGGGACGGUCACCAAGAUGGAGUGGAUCGAGGAUCUGGUCACCGUCCUCAAGCCCACCGGGUUCACCAGCGACUCGUCCAUAAGGGUGGAGUCUGGGUUCCUGGACCUGUACGUGACGAAUGACACGUCCAAGUGCCAUUACUGCAAGUACUCUGCUCGGGAACAGAUACUGGCGGAGGUGAAGAGGCUGGUCGACCUCUACCAAGACGAAGACGAAGAGCUGAGCAUCACCAUUACUGGGCACAGCCUGGGAGGGGCGCUAGCCCUGCUCAGUGCCUACGACAUAGCAGAGAAGGGUCUGAACGUGAGGCCCGAUGGAACCAAGAUACCCAUAACGCUCUUCACCUACGGUGGGCCGAGGGUGGGCAACAUGAAGUUCAAGGAAAGAUGCGAGAAAUUGGGAGUGAAGGUUUUGAGAUCUGUGAACGUUCAUGACAAGGUCCCUCAGGUUCCCGGCGUGAUGAUGAAUGACAAGAAUGUGGUGGCGAAGGUUGUGGACGAGUUGCUGCACCGGUCCAUGGCGUAUACCCACGUGGGUAUGCAGCUUAGUUUGGACCAUGCUUGGUCUUCGUUCUUGAAGAAGACGAAUGACGUGACCUGCUACCAUAACUUGGAGAUGUACCUGCACUUGGUCGACGGCUACCAUGGGAAGAACAUGAAGUUCGAGUCCGCGACUCAGAGGGAUGUGGCUUUGGUGAACAAGAGCUGCGACUUCUUGAGCGAGGAGCUGGGAUUGCCGCCAAACUGGAAGCAGUAUGAGAACAAAGGGCUGGUUAGGAGUGCCGACGGCAGGUUGGUGUUGCCGGCGAGAGCUCCAACCGACGGCCACCCUCCGGAUACUCAUGUUCACCUGGAAAGGGCUCUUCAAUCUUCAUGAUUCAGAUUCUUAGACGCGUAUCGUGCCACGAGAACGGUGGAUCGGAGGAUUUCCCAUGCAAUGGCAUAUCGCGUCGGUGCUCCUUAUGAAAAAGAAGAAGAACAAAUGUUUUCUACAUAUUUCGUUUUCCACCUAUCUUAUACUCUUGAUAUGAAAACCAGAGGUUUCAUAGCAUUGUAGAAGUCAGACUGCGUAGUCUGUGUACAAGUAUGCAAGCCCGAAUACAUUUCUAAACAUGUUUGUGAGCAAUAAAAUGUUUAAUUUUUCAA